AACAGGAAGGAAGGAAGGUUUUCUGAGAUGGCAAUGAAGGGGGUUGCAGACCUUGAAUGCAACUUCAUUUCAUUUCAGUACCACGCCAAGUCCAUUGCAAACAUCCGGGAAGCCGCGAAAAGCUUGGCCACUAAUCCCCUCGUCUACCGGCCGGUGGCCAUCGCUUUGGACACCAAAGGUCCUGAAAUCCGGACAGGGUUGAUUAAAGGGGGCGAGAACGAAGAAGUGGAACUCGCCAAAGGAUCCCGCUUGAUCGUGACCACGGAUCCGGCCUUCCGGGAGCAAUGCGACGCGCAGACGAUUUGGGUGGAUUACGCCAACUUGCCAAAAGUUGUGAGCGUUGGCGGGCGGAUCUUUAUUGACGAUGGGCUGAUCUCCCUACUGGUCAAGGAACUCCGUCCUGACAGUUGUGUGGUCGAGGUGGAAAACGGCGGGAUGCUGUGUAGCCGGAAGGGAGUCAACCUGCCGGGGGCUAAGGUGGACUUGCCGGCCUUGUCCCAGCGGGAUAGACAGGACCUGGAGUUCGGAGUGCAACAGGGGGUGGAUAUGAUCUUCGCCUCCUUUAUCCGCAAGGCUGAGGAUGUGAUUGACAUCCGA